GGGAUCAUGUGGCUCAAUAUCUACCCGAUGAUUACUAGUUCAUGGCAAUAUUUGUAAUGUGAGUUCUCAGAGUGAAAAAAAUGGAGAGGCGGGAAGCAGCAGGAGGUGCUUUUGCCCGAAAAACCACCGAGCUGAAACAAUAAGGGACAUGGAUGAGCCUUGCUUUGAUACUAUUCGUCUGCAUUUUGCAAAUCAAGGUGACUGCGCUGGCGACCGACGAGUGACAGAUCCAGACAACACGCAGGUCAAAAAUGGAGAUUUCCAGCGACGAAAAUCGUGUGAAAGCAGCGCCCACGGUAGAAACGCUAGUGGACCCUUGGUUGGGCGACAAGAUUUCCGAAGUAACACGUCAUCCCUGGACAUAUUUCGAAAACAACGAUGCUCGAAAAUUUCGAAAAGAAGAAGUUCCACUGAUAUACUACUGGCUUAACGAGCCCUUUCCGCGUGAAAGUCCCGAGGAAGCUGGCUCUAGUGGUUCAGCCGCUAGGACAACAAAAGACGUAGAUAACCCGCAACAAGCAAUAAGAAUAACAAAGAAAAACACUGGAGAAAAAGUGUCUAGCAACAAGAAGCUCGAAUUCAGUCCAGUUGAUAGGGUUUUAGGCGGAAAGGAAGGUGUAUCUGCAGGAAACAAAUCGAGUUACGAAGGCGGGCAAGGAGCGUCAUCUAGAACGAGAGAGCAUUUCAAAGUCCCUUAUCCAGCAUCUUCAUCAACAUUUCGAGCAAAAAGUCCUGGCGUGAGUUCUGGAACCGCAUCAGCCUCAGCUUCGGGUGGAGGUGCGCUGCUGCGGACGAGGCGGCCUUGCUCAACAAGCAGCAAAAAGGACAUGACUGGUAGUAAGAAUCGCACGGAAGCAGGUACAGGGAUUACGAAGGGUCGUAAAAAUGAAUGCGCGGACAGCAGGGCGAUGGAGUCCACAAGGAAAAACCCUGCUCUGAGCCGAUCUACCGAUAGUAGUAAGAAGACUAGAACUGGUACUGCUACUGGUAGUUCGAUAGGGCCGUCUUCAAACUUCGGAGUCGCGUCCACGAGCAGAUCCGUGAAGUCAGGUUCAGCUGGGGACCCAUCAGGAUCACGGGUUAGAGCGUCACCUACGUCCACGACAGUCUGUGGUUCCGGAAGCCGGAAUAUUAAGUCAUCACCGACAAGCACACCUUAUGCAGCUAGUACAACCACGUCGUCAGGGUCAGGACUCGCAACUAAGCAAAUAGAGGAUAAGCCGAAGACACUUUCCUCAAGCAGUGCAGUCGUCGCAAAGACCAAAUCUCCUUCUGUCUCGUCACGAGUACGUCACGGAACCCUGAUUAGUACUAGUCAAAUACUGAGUUCGUCUUGCAGUAGUGUUCCUAAGAGGUCAUCCUCGGUUACGCCUGGACGAGCAGCGGCAGCGACUCAGGCAAGGCAAGGAAAACAGGCUGGACCACAAAGGGUUAAGAACUCACCCGACAUCACAUCCUCGUCGCCGUCGAGCAGACAAAGAGAAAGAUCUACGUCCCCUGGUAAAAAUGCUUUGAAUAAUAACAAAGAUGCUGAUCAGGACCAGGAAAGACUACCAAAUCCAAACGGUGCCACCGCAGAAGUUCUCGGGCUGCGCCUGCGGAAUCUGGAACAAAAACACCUGUUAGUGCAAGAAAAACGGCAAGAGGAGCUUGUGGAAAUGGAGGACUUGCUCGAUAAAUGCUGCCUGUUGGAAAGAGAAGCGAGUCUUUCCAAGCAAGAGCGCAUCCGUUAUGAGGCAGCACUAUCACAAAACCGAGUUGAAAUUGAAAUUUUACAGGCAAAGGUCGCAAUGUACAAAACGCAAGCCGCAAAAAUGGCAACGAGUCUGGACCAGGCUGACAUUGAACGCCGGGAAUUGCAGGUACGUGUACUCACUCCUUUUUCUCGAUCAUGUUAUUGAAGAUCAUUCUUGUUGCGACGAAAAAUACAUGGUAACCUCGUGGGAAGAGCGACGCUGUUCUAAGGAAAUCAUUUCUUUGUGGUUGUAAUGUUCAAGAAAAUGCCAUUGCUUAGUGUUCCACCUCAACAGCCUAUCAAGUUUUCCAAGCUCUAGCUUAAACUUAAUUUUAUGUGCUUUUGCAAGGACAUAUUGAUAUUUUUUGAAUGAAGAAAUAUUCAUUCUUGGACCACUGCUUGUGCUCUUAGACUUCUCCUUUUUCUAAUCAUGGAGUGACAUUUUUUUUACAGCGUACCGUUAGCGAUCAAGAACAGCGUGCAGCAGAGAAAGAAGCGCUCCUGCUAUACUACCAAGUCCGCGAACGUGAUGUGACAAUCCCGCUAGAAGAGGAAAGCGCCAAGCUUCGCGAAGAUACAAAGCGCCUACAAGAGCAAGUUGCUUUUCUUUCGGGCUUAUUGCUUGAGAAACAGGCAAUAAAUGACCGAAAAGAGGAGACGGAGUGGCCUCCGACGUCUAACUGAGAAAAAAGGCGCUGUGCGCUGGAACUGGAAGGGCGUUGACGUGGGUCUAGGUGAAAGUGAACAAUUGUGUAUAGUCUAAUGUAGCCGCGAUAUUUCCCAAUGCUGCUAACGAAGGGCAAAACCAACACGACUAGAACGAAGUAAAUGAGUCUCAUCAAUAUGAGGUCGUUGGUUCGUCCUCUCCUUCGCUGAUGUUGUUUGGUGCAUCUUCGAGCAUGUCUCGUUCUUCUGAAGUGUGGCAGUCAGAAGUCCGUGCGGCAACAUUCACAAAGUCCUAUUAUCGCGGCGAUUUUCCAUUGCAUCUCCUCCAACCGGAGGUGCUGAAGCACUUCUUUCCACGGCGGUGGGCCUUAGAAGCGCAGCUUCGUGAGCUUGUGCUUGUGCUUGAUGA